GCGUCGGCUCUUUCAUAUUACUUUAUGACCUCUUUUGAAUCAUCCUCAUUGCUUUCGUCGUCGAUGUCGCCCUCAAGCACUGACCAAAGCACGUCUCCGUCUAUCACAGCGCUCAAGUCUCUACUCACUACAACACUUCGCAUCACGACGACCGAUAAUCGAGUGUUCAUUGGCACAUUUAUGGGCACUGACCAACUUUUGAAUAUCAUCCUCGUUAACACUGAGGAGUACAUUCUGGGAAACGAGACUAGUCGCUUUGUCGGCCAAGUCAUGCUCCCCUGGCGCCUUGUCCUUCAUGUCGAAGCAUUUAACCAACAGAGUACUCCAAAUGGCAAAGCAAAGGAUGACAAGAGCUUGUACAUCUAAAUCGCAGUUCGAAGAUACAUUAAAUGACUUAUCCAAAAUGGUACAUCCAUUGUCCUGUCCACCUCUCCUAUAUUCAUGGUUAUAUGUGACAGAAAUUCAUGAUCUCGCCUUCUCCUCGAGGAGCUCUUUUAUCCACCGUCUGUUGUGAGGAUUCAGUCGAAUAUGGGCCUUUUGUGGGCAUCGCUGAUGAUGCGCAGAGCUGCUGUUCCGCGGUGCAGGAUUCUU